UGUUCCGGUAAAAAGUGACAGCUAUGUUUAAAUAUGGCGAUAGUGUAAAAAUUAAAAAUGUAAAUAAAAGUUUCAUAGUCCAUCGAGGCUUUUAAUUUGUAAUAUUUUUAUUAACUUCGACUUAGUUUAUCAAAUUUAUAAAUUGUAAUGUAAAUAUAUAUAUUAUCUCCUUAGUUCCUUGUCCACAUAAAACUUGGAUUAUAACCAAACAACAAACCGCAUUUAGGUACAUCAACAAUGCAAACUUCGCUUGAUUUAAUUUGUACUGAAUGUAACGACACGUUUGAUUCUGCCUCAUCACUACUUCAGCAUUUUGCAAAUCAUGCCAUUAAACAUUUGCAAAUUGAGAUAACCUCAAUACAGACUUCUGUAGACAGCAAGAAAAACAAAAUACCGAAUUUAUAUCCAAUAAAUAUGAUUUAUGAUACAGGUGUAAAUGAAACAGACAGGGGAAGCGAUUCAGGGAUUGAGGAUGUUAAUCCUUUAAAAUUUUGUUUAGUUACAAUGGAUGAGAAAGAAAAAAUUAAGUCUAACGUUAAUCAAAGACAACAUGAAACUGACAAUAUCAAAAAGUACCAGUGUACGUACUGUUUGAAAAGAUUCGGAUGGUCUACAGAUCUGAAAAGACAUAUUUUAAUUCACACAGGUGAGCGUCCUUUUCAAUGUCCUGACUGUAAUGCAUCUUUCACGAGAAAUUUCUUGCUGCAGAAACACCAAAAGAAAAUCCACCCUUCUCGCAGAGUUAACGAAAAGUUACCAGAACUUAGGCCUAUUAGCGAAGUACUUAACCGAAAAAGAAGAAAGCAACAGAAAUUUCUCAUUAAACAUAAUAUGACCUCUAUAGAUGAUUGUCUGGGUAAUUUCUUUGACCGUAAAACAAAUAGUCUACUUUGUUCUAGUUAAAUUAAUUGUGCAAUUCAUUUAAUACUUUAUUACCAAAGAUGUCAGUUGGCAAUUUAAAUUUUUUCAUAUAAUGUGAUUAUAAUAAGGUCCUAAUAUCAUACCAUUUCAUUGUUCAAAAAAAUGCGACUGCUAAUGGUAAAUUAUUCAUACGAUUUAUUCUGAUAUUAACUUAAGAUUGGAUACAUAUUUUGUGUUUAAAACAGAACUUAUGAUACUAUUCUGUAGUGACGGUAAGCAAUAAGCAUAGGCGUAGCUAGGGGGAGGGGUAGGGGUGUGCAUGGCCCAGCCCUGAAAGAAAGAAGAUCCAAUAUCAUCAAAUUAAAACGUGUUUAGGUGUUUGAAAUUUUAUAUCCGUAAAUCAGUAAGUUGCUGAUUGCUUUUUUUUUAGGCCUCCAUACAGCUUGCAGCCAUGGGCCCACCCUAAGCAAAAAAAAAUCCCUGCUACGCCCAUGACUGUAAGCAAUGUUACCUACAAUUUUUUUUUAAAUUAAUGUCAUCAAUAGAAUUCCAAAAUACUUAAAAAAGGAAUUACUUAUGUGAAACUUUACCUGGCGGUCAUAAACAUGGAUCGGGAUAUGUUUUGUUCCCGAAAUACAGGGUGUUCAAAUUGAAAUUUCCAAAAACUUAACUUUUGCAAUUGAACCUCAGUUAAUUUUUAAACAAUGUUUUUCAAAAUUUACUACACUUGUUACCAAUAACAAAAAACCAUCUACAAAAAAAAUCUAAACUCCAAAGGCCUAAAAACUUUGAGUGACUUUUACUUGCAAUCAACUUUUUUUAUUUGCAUUUUUCAACAAAUUAAAACAGCUUCAACUAAAUUACUUUACAUCAUUUGUCACUUGUCCGUUGAAUAUGGAUCAGUGCAACAGAGAUGAAAAAUAAAAACUGGUUACUACCAACACCAAAUUAUUUCAAUAAUCGGAAACCAAGUGAUCCCAACACUACUAAUAUUGAAUUUUCAAAAAACUAUAAGAAUAAUUUCUAUAAGAAUCACCGUUUUCAUUUUUUGCUUAUAGUUUGUAUAAUUGUAGGUAUGUACUUUAUAAAAUAAAAAUAAAUAUGUAGAACACAUA